CGCCUCUUAGCGCUGCAGUGCCUUAGACUGCUGCGGAGUCGGAGAUUUCCGAGAUUCCAGUUGUUUUGAACGCGAUAUUAGCUGCCUGCAGACGAUUGUGCCUGACUAGAAAUACAGGAACUUUGAGAUGAUCAACAGCCUGUUCUUGAUCAACCCUUCGGGGGAGAUGUUCCUGGAGAAGCACUGGAAAAGUGUGGUCAGUCGGUCGGUGUGUGACUACUUCCUGGAAGCCAAAGAGAAGGCUCUGGAACCUGAGGACGUUCCACCUGUCAUACACACCCCUCAUCACUACCUCAUCAGCAUCUACAGGGACAAGCUGUUCUUCCUCUCUGUCAUCCAGACUGAGGUUCCUCCGCUGUUUGUCAUUGAGUUCCUGCACCGCGUCGCAGAGAUGAUCCAGGACUACUUUGGGGAGUGUUCGGAGACAGUAGUCAAGGACCACAUGGUGAUGGUGUAUGAGCUGUUGGAGGAGAUGCUUGACAACGGGUUUCCCCUGGCAACCGAAUCUAACGUCCUCAAAGAGAUGAUCAGACCACCCACCAUCCUCCGAUCUGUUGUCAACACACUGACAGGGACCAGUAACGUUGGAGACACGUUGCUAACUGGUCAGCUGUCGACCAUCCCGUGGAGGCGGGCCGGAGUGAGGUACACCAAUAAUGAAGCUUACUUUGACGUGGUGGAGGAGAUUGACGCUAUCCUGGACCAAUCAGGUACAACAGUGUUUGCAGAGAUCCAGGGCGUGGUCGAGGCGUGUGUCAAGCUGUCUGGUAUGCCCGACCUCACACUCUCCUUCAUGAAUCCUCGUCUCCUUGACGAUGUGAGUUUCCACCCAUGUGUUCGCUAUAAACUCUGGGAAUCUGAGCGCGUCCUCUCCUUCAUUCCCCCCGAUGGGAACUUCACCCUAAUGACCUAUCACGUCAAUGCACAGAAUCUUGUAGCCAUCCCAGUGUAUGUGAAGCAGAGCAUCAGUUUCUUUGAGUGUGGUUCUGAUGGCCGUCUGGACGUGACCGUUGGACCGAAGCAGACCAUGGGGAAGACGGUCGAAGGGGUGAUGGUCACGGUCCACUUGCCCAAAACUAUCCUCAGCAUCAAUCUGACUGCCACACAGGGCAGUUACACAUAUGACAAUGGUACAAAGUUGUUGGUGUGGGACAUUGGAAAGUUGAACCCACAGAAGCUUCCUAACUUGCGAGGUAGUCUGAGUCUGCAGGCUGGAGCCCCCAAACCAGAGGAGAACCCCAGUCUGAACAUCGACCUGAAGAUACAGCAACUUGCAAUAUCAGGACUGAAGGUGAACAGGCUGGAUAUGUUUGGUGAGAAGUACAAGCCUUUUAAAGGGGUUAAAUACAUCACCAAGGCUGGGAAGUUCCAGGUGCGGACUUGAAGAGUGAAACCUAAAGGUCAUAGGACAACUAGCCAACGUGCCUAAUGCUCUGGGUCAAAGGUCAACUCUUAGACACGCUGGCUGUCAACUAUUAUGCUCUCUAUUUGUAGUUCAGAGCCAUGAUCGGUCCAUUAUGACAAAUGUCUGAAACUUGUAAAAAGGUUCACGUCACAGCAGACUGUUGUGGCUCUGCAACAGCAAACUGAAUUGAGCUUUUUACAUGCCCAGUGUCAACCCUUCUACCUUAUGCCUUUUUAUACCCCUAUACUCCUUCUAUAUUAGGGACAGAGCCUGUAUUAAAUAACUUUGUUUAUUUAAAUGUUUAUUAUUUGGAUGGAAUGAAGUUGUUGGUCUGCGAAGGGAAUUGUUUUGGACAAUCAACCUAUUAUUUCUCCUGUAUCUGGAAUUAAAUAACCUCUAUGGAAUCUCACUGUGUUCCGGCACAGCCCACCUCUCGCUCUCUCUCUCUUGCUCACUCAUCUCCCCUCUUUCUUUCUAUCUUCUAUUUCUCUGCUUUAGCAGGUAAAGAUAUAAUAUCUAGUUUUAUAUAAAGCAUAUUUUUUGACCAUUUUUAUGACUAAUAACCCUCUAAUGCUGAGUAACUGCAACCAAGAGUGUAAUCUCAUUUGGUCAUACAUGGUGUUAAUUAAUAUACAGGCUAACAAUUACUGCAAGUAUUAAUAAAUAUACAUAAAGUCA